AUGGGCGAGUGCAGGGUGAGGGUGUCCACCGGGGAGGCCUUCGGGGCUGGUACGUGGGACAAAGUGUCUGUCAGCAUCGUGGGGACCCGGGGAGAGAGCCCGCCACUGCCCCUGGACCAUCUCGGCAGGGAGUUCGCUGCGGGCGCUGAGGAGGACUUCGAGGUGACGCUGCCCCAGGACGUGGGCCCGGUGCUGCUGCUGCUGCGCGUGCACAAGGCGCCCCCGGCGCUGCCGCGUCCUCUCGGGCCCCGGGCCCCCGACGCCUGGUUCUGCCGCUGGUUCCAGCUGGUGCCGCCGCGGGGCGCCCCCCUGGCCUUCCCCUGCUACCAGUGGCUGGAGGGCGCGGGGAGCCUGGUGCUACGGCAUGGGGCAGCCAAGGUCUCCUGGGCAGACCACCACCCCAAGCUUCAGCAGCAGCGCCAGGAGGAGCUGCGGGCCAAGCAGGAGAUAUACCGAUGGAAGACUUACAUGCCAGGCUGGCCUCAUUGCCUGGACGAGGUGACUGUGAAAGACCUGGACCUCAACAUCAGAUAUUCCAUAGCCAAGAACACCAACUUCUACCUAUGAGGUGGCUCUGCAUGAGGAUGCCUGUUUGCAGAGCUGAAAAUCAAGGGGCUGCAGGACCACAAGGGGCUCUGGAGGAGUCUGAAGGAGAAGAGAAGGAUGUUCAACUUCCGGAAGACCCCGGCAGCUGAGUACGUGUUUGAGCACUGGCAGGAGGACGCCUUCUUCGCCUCUCAGUUCCUGAAUGGCCUCAACCCUGUCCUGAUCUGCCGCUGUCGCUGCCUCCCAAAGCACUUCCCGGUCACGGAUGCCAUGGUGGCCCCAGUGCUGGGCCCUGGGACCAGUGUGCAGGCUGAGCUGGAGAGGGGCUCCCUGUUCUUGGUAGAUCAUGGCAUCCUCUCUGGCGUCCGUACCAAUGUCAUUAAUGGGAAGCCUCAGUUCUCUGCAGCACCAAUGACCUUGCUGUACCAGAGCCCAGGGGCUGGGCAUCUGCUGCCUCUUGCCAUUCAGCUCAGCCAGACCCCUGGGCCCAAUAGUCCCAUCUUCCUGCCCAGCAACGACAAGUGGGACUGGCUGCUGGCCAAGACCUGGGUGCGCAACACUGAGUUCUCUGUCCAUGAGGCCCUCACGCACCUGCUGCAUGAGCACCUGCUGCCCGAGGUCUUCGCCCUGGCUACGCUGCGCCAGCUGCCCCACUGUCACCCACUCUUCAAGCUGCUGAUCCCGCACACACGGUACACCCUGCACAUCAACACUCUCGCCCGCCAGCAGCUCAUCGCCCCUGGGCACGUAGUGGACAGGUCCACAGGCCUUGGCCCUGGAGGCUUCUCUGAGUUGAUACAGAGGAACAUGCAGCAGCUGAACUAUUCCAUCCUGUGUCUGCCCGAGGAUAUCUGAGCCCGAGGAGUUGAAGACAUCCCAGGCUACUACUACCGGGAUGAUGGGAUACAGAUCUGGGGUGCAGUGGAGCGUUUUGUCUCUGAGAUGAUCGGUAUCUACUAUCCAAGUGACGUGUCUAUCCGAGAUGACAGAGAGCUCCAGGCCUGGGUGAGAGAGAUCUUCUCUGAAGGCUUCCUAGGCCGGCAGAGCUCAGGUAUGCCUUCCUCGCUGAAGACCCGGGAAGCACUGGUGCAGUAUGUCACCAUGGUGAUAUUCACCUGCUCAGCCAAGCACUCUGCUGUCAGUGCGGGCCAGGCUUGGAUGCCCAACCUGCCACCCACCAUGCAGCUGCCACCACCCACCUCCAAAGGCCAAGCGAGGCCUGAGGGCUUCAUUGCCACCCUCCCACCAGUCAAUGCCACAUGUGAUGUCAUCAUUGCCCUCUGGGUGCUGAGCAAGGCGCCUGGAGACCAAAGGCCUCUGGGAACCUGCCCAGACGAGCACUUCACUGAGGAAGCCCCGCAGAGGAGUACUGCUGCCUUCCAGAGCCGCCGGGCCCAGAUCUCGAGGGACAUCCGGGAGCGGAACUGGGGCCUGGUGCUGCCCUACACCUACCUAGACCCUCCCCUCAUCGAGAACAGCGUCUCCAUCUAA